ACAAAACCAAAAUAAAAUAUCCAUAAUACACAGAAAAACAUCAAAACAGUGCAACUUAAAUAUUUUUCCAAAAAUAAAUGUUCUUAUAUGCAGGUUCAACAAAAGGCAAGAAUUUAUCAAAAAAAAUAAUAAUAAUAAAAGGCCAGAAUGACCAGAUCUGUCAUCCCAUGAAGACAAAAUCACAGGAACCUCCGUUGGAAGAGGGUCACAAGAUUUCUCUCUACAUGACGCAAAGCACCCUUCACCACGAACUGGUCGUCACUACUGCAGGGAAAUCGGAAAAUAUCAAAAUAUUCCGGUUCGGAAAAAGGAAUGAUCGCUUCAAUACUAGCAGAACCAACGGGAAGGGAGCUGGUAGCCGCAGAAGGAGAAGUUACUGGAGCACCAUAGACGGCAAAAGGAACUUCAGCGAUAUUCCUGUUCGGAAGAAAGAACAAUCGCUUCAACAAUGGCAGAAUCCGAGAAACCUCCUUCCAUUAAAGUUCAAGGUAAUCGUACAGUAAAGGAAGAAGAAAAGACAAAAACAAAGAAAAGAGGAGAGCCAAGAAAAAAGAAGGUGAAAA